CGGAUGAAUGAGACGAUAGCACUAUGAGCGAAGUUGACGAAGAGCUCGUAGUAGCGUGGACAAGAGUGGAGGUGGUCGGGAGGGUGGUCGACGAAGAGGAAGAGGAGAUAGAAGAAGAAGUCGAGGUAGUAGUUGAGGUGCUGCUGCUGCUUGAGCUAAGAGUCGAGCUGGUCGAAGUGGUGGUGGAAGUCGUGCUCGACGACGACGAAGAGGAUGUUACAGUACUGGAGGAGCUCGAGCUCGAGCUCGACGAAGAAGUGGUAGAAGACGAAGCCGUAGUCGUCGUUUGGGUAUCGGUAGAUGUCGUGGUGGUGGAGGAUGCUGGCCCAGUUACACUGUCGCGCAUGGCAAUUUCCCUGGCAAGGAGCGCAUUGUGGAGAUGGCGGGGAGACGGGUGACCCAUAACGCUCGAGAGUGAAAGAACGAGGAAAAGAACGAGCGUGUAGUAUGACCUGAAAUCGGCCAUGGUGGGCCGCAAACGAGUCGCAACCGCCUGACGACUGGGGGAGGCAAAAGGGAGAUGAUCUGAGUUGGUAAUGUUCCCAUCACGUCACAUUGAUGGUUUCCUUAUCUUAUCUACCUUUCCCGGCCACUAAUCUAAGCGACGGCGUGACUGGGCUCAGUGACAGUGAGACCCUUCCUUACAAGCAGCCCUCGCGAUGGCGAGUCGCGAUGUGCCCCCACAGCUGCAACUCUCUCUUCCUGCCAACACCACCUCAUUCAAACGAUCCUUUUCACAGUUUGGCUUUGGGGAGGACCUGGACAGCCCGUCGGAAGCGCUGGACGCCCCCAACAGCUCCUCCACGAAUAGUUUCGCAGCCACGAGGAGCUCCACCACGACGCAGAACUCCGAUGGGGCACAGAACAGACGAAAGCGGCCCCGAAGCUCCAGCAACGCGAGCGAAUCGGAGGACCAUUCCAAUCAUGCCUCAUCGUCCAGCCAUACAUCAUCCUCUACCAUGAGUUCCCAGCCAGCCUCUCCCAGCCAGCUUCCGGAUCCCGUGCCUCGCCGGCAUCUUCUUUUAGAUGUCAGUCUUGGGCGUGGCUUGGAGAGCAGCGUCGCUCUCGAGCUGGGCAUCGCUCCAUCUGAGCUCGAGCACCGAGCCACUCCAGAACCGCCGCCUCGUAUCCCCACGCCCGAGUUCCCGGACAGCGGGGAUGUCGAGAUGCCCGAUAUGCUAAUUGAUAUCUCAGAGGAGAACUAUGGGCACGAUGAUGACAACGAGGACGAGGAAGAAGCGCCCAUGUCGUCUGCAGACCGCAUUAGGCUGUCUGUGGACCGCUUCAACGCCUUUGAUAGACACAUCAGCAUGUUGCGCUCAUCUUCACCCCCAGUAUUGCCGCUACCUGCGCCAUUGGCUGCGCGACACACGCCUCCCACACUGCCACCUCUUACGUUAGUCGAUCUGGAGUUGAGUGCGGAAGAACGAGCGGGCGAGGAACUCAUUCCUGCUGGGCCCCUGCGCGUCGCUGCAAGCAGCCCCCCACGGCUGGACCUCAAUCUCCCUUUGCCCGGCUCGCUGUCACCGCACGAACCCACGAUUCAAUUCAGACAGCGGCUCGAUUCAGCUCUAGACUCGGCAUUGGACGGAAUUGGACGGGAUUUCGCGUACGAGUUCUCGGAGUCAGGGCCCUUCGCCAGCCGACGACACAGUCCAAUCUCUCGUUCGAGACAAGCACCGACGCUGGAAUGGUCGACCUCUUCCGCUUCUGUCGACUGGGAUGCUACCUUCGAACCUUUGGGCCGACAUCAAGAUCUUGCUCCCCAUACUUCCGAAGCUCGAAGCAAUUCCAAUAGUGGCAAUGCGUACAACACGUUUGUUCUCCCCCCGGUGGCAACACCUUGGCGCAUCAGACCACCGAGUGCGACCACAGCCACGAACACAACCAGUGCCAACAUAUCAAGGUUUCGCACCCAUCCAUCGUUGCCGUCGUUGCCGCCUUCGCUGUUGUACCCACGUCCGGCUUCUUUGGCCGAACCACUGAGCACGGCGAGCAGCAACACAGCAGAAACGUUCCAGUCUCGGGCAUCGGGUUGGGCGUGGGAGGAUGUGCUGGAGCGAGCAAGAGCACGCGAACGGGAGCGUGAUCGUCAGCGAGAACGUGAACGCGAGAGGGAACGAGAGAGGGAACGAGAGCUCGAAAGAGAGCGUGAACGAGAGCUGGAGAGAGAACAGGAGAGGGAGCGCGAAAGGGAACGGGAACGGCAAAGAAACAGGGAGGAAUAUAUGGAUUUUUCUUGGAGUAUCGAUCGGAUUUGGGACCGGGACCGGGACGAGCCUGUGGCUAGCGGUGUUAGGCCUCGAUCAGCGGAGACGCUGAUCCACCGCAUGAGAAGGGAUAACGGACACGAUGAAAUUUCACAAACAGAUGCAGCGUCUGAACACGGGUUGGAUCCCGAGACUUUGAGUCUGCUCAACCGCAAUAUUGCAUUGUCAAAUUCGAUGAUCGAGGACUAUCCAUCCACGGGUUGGGCGCCAGGAGAUGACUCGCUUACUCGCAGCUGGACGUUGGAUGAGUGGAUUCGGGAUGGAACUGUUCGUGAGGGCAGCUCACGGACUGCUCGAAGAAGAACCGGUGCGGGUCCCCCCAGUGCACAGACGAGCGAUUCCUGGCGACAUCGUGUCAGCUGGCAUUCCGAAGCGAUGACUCCUCCACAGCCGACUCACACUCACGCACGUGGUCACCAUUCGAGUUCGAGUCUGCAUGCGUCACCGUCGUCAUCAUUGGCGGCCUCGUCUUCGCUCCACCGUCGACUGAGUCGCGUGAGCUCGUCCAAUGCCCUUGAGGCAGAACGAGCGGCGGCUAUGUCUGCCGCGGCGACGAGGAGAAGGGAAGCUCGGGCGCAGCUCAUUGAGCGGCUGGGCCGUGGUGUCAGAGUCCAUACCGAGCUGGAUAGUAACGAGGAGGAGCGCGAGACUGUUCGACGAAACUCUCCUUUCUACCUUUCCACGGCUGAGUUCGAGCCGAGCUUUGGCGGGUCGGAUGGGCCGUGGGCCAGUGCUGGUGUCAGUCCUCCUACUUUCCGCCGCCGGCCAACAGCCACAGCUGGUAUGGCCACUCCCAGCGCUAGUACCUUGCGUCGUGAGCCUGCUCGAGGACUGCCUGCCUCGGCAGUUGAUCGGCGGCACGUGUUAUCUUCCCGUAUUGGAGCGACUAGCACCUUCGAAGAUCUGACGACACAACUACGCAACCCGUCGCCGCCGCCAAGCAGCUCGAGACCGGUUUGGGGCAACGAUGGGCUGCCUUUCUCGACUUUGUUCGGUCGCCCGGCGAGCCAAGAGCUGCCGCCGUCGUUGCCAUCGCCCGAUUUCGGUGGAGACCUCCGAGGAGGAACUGUAGAACCGGAGGAGGAACAUGAUCCACCGGCAUACUCCGGCCCGUUUCGGCUGACGAUGCAACGCCAUGACGAGUUUUCGAGGAGAACUACGACCGCCGGUCCGACGCGAGGGACGGCUUCCGGCAGGACUGAUGAUCGCUCCACGCGGCCUAUUCCCGUGCCGCAUCGCAGUCGGGUUGAGCCUGGGCCGUCGUCUUCGAGACUCUACACAGCCACGGACAUGCACAACAUCCUGGCUAGGCAAGCGAGACUGGAGGGGUCGCGGCUGGGCUUGGAUGUGGAUUCGACGGCGAUCGAAGACGAAGAUAUCAACCCACUUGACUAUAGUGCGAUCCUGGCAGCCAAUGCUCGGCGCAUGAUCAAUCGCCGCCGCAAUCGAGACAAUCGUGAACGAGAUAUCCGCGAAGAACGAUUGCCACCCCUCGACGAUCCGGACGCCCCUCGAAGGCUGUUGAGGGGGCACACUCAUGCAUUCCAUGCCGCGUUGGGUCGAUAUCGGCGAGGACACAGAUUGAUGGGCGAUUUCAUGCGAGACGAAGACUUCGACGCGUCGUACGAGAGUUUGCUGAACCUCGGGCGGAUCAUCGGCGAUGCGAAACCUCGUGGAACCCCCGACAAUGUUUUGGCGGGACUUGAUUCAGCGACAUAUAAGGAUUGGGCAACACCAGAUAGCGAUCCGCGGUGUCCCAUCUGCUUGGACGACUACAAGGCGGAAGACGCCGUCAUGAAGCUGGGUGAAUGUCGACAUUGGCUUCACAAGGAAUGUCUGGAGCAAUGGCUCAAGAGCGCGAGCACGUGUCCCGUGUGCAGGAAGGAUGUCAAAGCGAAGCCCAAGCCCAAGCCUCCACGAUUCGACCGGCAUCAGCACCAUCACCACAGACGGCGGGACGAAGACCAGGACGGAGCCGGCCCCAGUGGCUCGUGGUUCAGCGGCAUCUAAUAAUUGCAAAUCAUUUCAUGUAUUUUUCUUGUUUUGAAUGCCCACACUACACUCUGUUUAUGAAAGAGAUGUACCUGCACUGAAAGUAGUCCACGGAUCUGCUUGGCGUUGUUAUUAUUAUCUGAUGUUGGUUAGAACGAUCCAUACGGCCUCCUUCACCCCGUUAGCCAGAUGGCCCUUGCUAGGCUCGUAGACGUUCACACUCACGUCUAUUUACCCCGAUAUGCCAGCCUUUUGAGAACGCGGUCGGCGGUGCCACGGAUUCUUACCUCGACCACGGUAGACGGCAAGCGCGAUGACCGGCUACUCAUCUUGGAGCACGAGCCUAGCGGCGGUCGUCCAGUCGGUCCGCAGUAUUGGGACCGGGAGGAGAAGAUCAAGUUCAUGGACCAGCAUGGGAUUGACUUAUCUGUUGUGAGCACGGCGAAUCCAUGGCUGGAUUUCCUUCCUGCACCCGAGGCAAAACAGAUGGCAGACGACCUGAAUGCGGAUCUAGAGGAGUAUUGCUCUGGAUCUCCCGAGCUGACUCCGUCGCUCAAACGGCUCUACGGAUUCGGUCUUUUGCCGCUCGUGUCGGGCAUCUCUACCGAGGCUCUCCUCGAGACGAUCGAGCGUAUCUCCAAACUUGCGUAUCUCAAGGGUAUCAUCAUGGGCACCCGGGGCAUCGGAAACGGACUGGACGACGCGGCGUUGGAUCCAGUCUGGGGCGCAUUAGAAGCCGCCGGGCUGGUUGUCUUCAUCCACCCGCACUACGGCGUCGACAACGCGGCAUGGGGUCCCAAAGACAACGGACAUGUACUUCCCUUGGCUCUUGGCUUCCCAUUCGAAACCACGAUCGCAACAACGCGUCUGAUUUUGGCGGGCGUAUUCGACCGCUAUCCUUCGCUUCGCGUGUUGCUCGCCCAUUCGGGAGGAGCAUUACCUCAGCUCUCCUCCCGCCUUGCGUCGUGCAUCGACCACGAUCCAGUGGUAGCAUCUCGCCUGAAACACGAUGCACGAUGGUAUCUGGGCAAACUGUACUUUGACGCUGUCGCAUACGGGCCCGAGGAGCUGGGCUUCGUCAGCGAUGCCAUUGCCCGCUCUGCCCGGUACGAAACGGGCGUCACCGCGUCAGAUUUCACCUUGGACCGCGGACUGGGUAGUCAGAGGAUGCUGUUUGGGACGGACCACCCAUUCUUCCCUCCGUUGGCAUCAACUCAGAAGUGGAAAAGUGUAGUUGAAAAUCUCGAGGCCAUUGAAGCUGUCUCGGGCUGGACUGCAGCUCAGAGAGAGGGGGUUCGGGGUGCUAACGCGUUGUCUUUGUUCAAUUUAGUUUAA